CUACACACCUCUGACCUCUCUCCUCUCGUAGAAGUGUGUGCAUCCAUCUCUCUCCUCUCUCCUGCCAUAUUUCACGCAUUGCACUGUACUAGCUUGCACGUACUCACGCACAACGGCACAAGCCAGUGACAACCUCACGCCGCACUAUGGUGGUGCCUUCGUCGACGCCGGUGCACCAAGAAACGGCGGCGCUGUCGUCGCCGACGUCCCACGGCGGCGUCGCCGCAGGCGGUGGCGGCAUACCGACAGUGGACAUGUCGGCGCCGCGCGGCCGUGGCGCACUGUCGCGGCAUGUGUCACGCGCGUGCGCGGAGCACGGCUUCUUCCGGGCGGUGAACCACGGCGUGCGGCCGGGCCCCGCCGCGCGUCUGGACGCCGCCACCACGGCCUUCUUCGCACUGGCGCCGCAGGACAAGCAGCGCGCCGGCCCGCCGAGCCCGCUCGGCUACGGCUGCCGCAGCAUCGGCUUCAACGGUGACGCCGGCGAGCUCGAGUACCUGCUCCUCCACGCCAACCCCGCCGCCGUCGCGCACAGGGCCAGGUCCAUCGACACCGAUGACCCCUUGCGCUUCAGUACUGUGGUGAACGAGUAUGUGGAAGCAGCGAGGCAGCUUGCAUGUGAGAUUCUGGACCUGUUAGGAGAGGGGCUAGGGCUCAAGGACCCCAGGUCCUUCAGCAAGCUCAUCACAGACACUGACAGCGACUCCCUCCUGAGGAUCAACCACUACCCUGCAGCAUGCACCAUUCACAAGCUUGAUCAUGACGACCAAUGCAAGAUGAAGAGCAUUGUGAGAACCAAGACUGGCAAUGGCGUGAAUCCGACAGCAGGUGCACGGAUCGGGUUCGGUGAGCACACUGACCCGCAGAUCCUCAGCUUGCUCCGAGCAAACGACGUCAAUGGUCUGCAGGUGCUUCUGCCCAACGGCGAAGGCAAGGAAGUGUGGGUUCAGGUGCCGGCUGACCCCUCAGCUUUUUUUGUCAAUGUUGGUGACCUCCUCCAGGCUCUGACGAACGGGAAGCUGGUAAGCAUCCGGCACAGGGUAAUUGCAAGUGCCUGCAGGCCAAGACUGUCCACAAUCUACUUUGCAGCUCCACCACUGCAUGCACGAAUCUCGGCGCUCCCGGAGACGAUCACAGCCAGCGCACCACGCCAGUACCGGCCCUUCACCUGGGCUGAGUACAAGAAGACAAUGUACUCGCUCCGCCUGAGCCACAGCCGCCUCGAUCUCUUCCACGUCGUCGUCGUCGACGACGACGACAGCAACAACGUCGGCGAUGGCGAAGGAGAACAAGAAUAGGGAGCACCUGUUGAAGUGCAGGCAGUGUGUUUUGUGGGGACUAGGUAGGUAGAAUUGUCCCCAAAAUUUUGGCUCUCUGGCUUCAAUUGCCAG